AUGCCAGGCCCUCGCCUGCUGGCCGCGCUCUGCGGCGCGCUCCUCUGCGCCACCGGUCUCUUCGCCUUCUCUGGUGACUUCUGUGACUUUAACGUGUGCCUGAAUGAUGGGAUCUGCCUGACGGGCCUGGACAAUGGCACAUUCUACUGCCUCUGCUCCGAAGGCUUUACGGGCCCCACGUGCAAUGAGACUGAGACAGGUCCCUGUUUGCCAAACCCCUGCCAACACAAUGCCGAAUGCCAGGUGACCAACGACUCGCGCCGAGGGGACGUCUUCACCCAGUACAUCUGCAAGUGCCCUCAGGGCUAUGCAGGCAUCCACUGUGAGACCAGCUGCACCGUGCCGCUGGGCAUGGAGCAUGGUGCCAUUGCUGACUCACAGAUCUCUGCCUCCUCGGUGUACUUUGGCUUCAUGGGUCUGCAGCGCUGGGCCCCAGAGCUGGCCCGCUUGCACCGCACGGGCAUCGUCAAUGCCUGGACGGCCAGUAACUAUGACAAGAACCCCUGGAUCCAGGUGAACCUGCUGCGGAAGAUGCGAGUGACAGGCGUGGUGACGCAGGGUGCCAGCCGUGUGGGCAGUGCGGAGUACCUGAAGACCUUCAAGGUGGCCUAUAGCGAUGAUGGGCGCAAGUUCCAGUUUAUCCAGGAUGCAGAGGGGCUUCGAGACAAGGUGUUUGUGGGUAACGUGGACAACAAUGGCUUGAAGACCAACUUGUUUGACUCCCCUUUGGAGGCACAGUAUGUGAGACUGGUCCCUGUGAUCUGCCACCGGGGCUGCACUGUCCGCUUCGAGCUGCUUGGCUGUGAGUUGAAUGGAUGCUCUGAUCCCCUGGGCCUGAAGAACAACACCAUCCGCGACCAGCAGAUCACGGCCUCCAGUGUCUUCAAGACCUUCGGCCUGAAUGCCUUCAGCUGGCGUCCCUCCUACGCGCGCCUGGACAUGCAGGGCAAGUUCAACGCCUGGACAGCCGAGAGGAACAGUGCCUCUGAGUGGCUGCAGAUUGACCUGGGUUCCCGGAGGCAGGUGACAGGCAUCAUCACCCAGGGGGCCCGCGACUUUGGCUAUAUCCAGUAUGUGGCAGCCUACAAAGUGGCCUACAGCGACGACGGUGUGAACUGGACUGAGUACAAGGAGCAUGGGGCUGUAGACAGCAGGAUCUUCCGCGGCAACUCGGACAACAACUCGCACAAGAAGAACAUGUUUGAGACGCCCUUCAAGGCCCGCUUUAUCCGUGUGCUGCCCGUCGCCUGGCACAACCGCAUCACCCUGCGUGUGGAGCUGCUGGGAUAUCCCCAAAUCCGCCUGCUGCCUCGGACCCGGGCAGCCCGAGUCCCCGAGCGCUUGAGCCGUCGAGGAGCCGCCCGGGGACGGGGGGUGCCCAGCGAGCUAGCUGUGCUCACCAGCGGGGAACGCCCCGGGCACAGUGGAGUGGAAGCAGCGCCCGGGCGCGGGCCGACUGGCGCGCGACUCGCGUACGCGCCGCGAGGAGGCACGUUCCGGGCGAACCCGGUGGCCUCCGAGACCACCGCCCAGCUCCAGCCCUCUUCCCGCCAGGGCCCCCCUCCCGCCUCCUUCCCGUCUCGUCCCAACCCGGUCGAAAUUGCUGCCUCCAGCUCUGCGCGCGGCGUGGGGCGCUGCCCCCGGGGAUCUGCCUGA